AUGCCAGUGACGAUCCACACCGACACAGUCUUCGCGGAGAUGGUAAGAUGGCCGACAACAGGCGAAGAAGUACUCAGUCGGCGGUGCGACUACAUCCCUGGUCGCUCAACUCCUGGAGCCGCUGGUCGCGGUGUUGGCACAAUCAUCGAUGAAGCUUUCCGAAUGGCGCGAGCCGACUCCGUCACUGGCUGGCGAGUAUGCGGCCUCAAGGUGAUGCAAGACGAUCUAAAAUCCCACCAAACCUCACCUUUUAACUCACAUCCAGCUAAACAAAAGUUUGGCAAUUAUGACUACUACCACUAUCGCAACGUCAAGAUCGAGAAGCUAAGCUGCUAUUACGACAUCGACAAACAUGUCUUCAAGGUGGCAUUAUCGGUUCCAACAUCAACGGAUACGCUCAUCGAGGGAACUUCACGUCUUCGAAACGACUCGGUCGCUGCGCUGAUCGUGACCAUACCGAAGGUCAAGGAUCCCAAAGUCGUCGAAACACUUGUCGUGUUCAUGCAAAUCGACAGCGCCAUGCGACAAAUGCAGGAAGGCUUCGUCCGGAAGGCCAUGACAGCGUGCCCGUAUAUCUAUUCUCGAGAUGCCAAACGCGGUCCACGAAAGCUGGCCACAUGA